AUGCACUCUUACGCCCCCUUUGAGGCAUAUCGUCUCCCUCCGUUAGAUCAUCUGGCCCCGCAUCUUUAUAUGACUUGUUCGGCAUCCUUUCCGCUUCAGGACACCGCGAAGGGCAUCUCAGCACUUGAGGAAGGGGUCCACCACCUAGUGAACAAUUUCCCAUUCCUCAGCGGAAAUAUCGUCUCGACGAACCCCGCGGGAAAGGUGAACGUGCGAGAGGUCCGCCCCAGCAAUGCCCAAAGGCUAAAUGCUUGUCCGAUGCUCUCUAAGAAAGCCCACCCACAGAGCAUAUCAUGUCUUCGGGACCCAGAAUUCUCCCACGAUAAUUUCUCGGCUCUACCAAAUGUGUUGAAAGAUGAUUACAAUCCAUUGAUUCGGUUCCAGGCUAACGAAAUGCGUGAUGGAAUUAUAUUAACCACGUUCUUUUCUCACGCUGCGAUUGACGCAGUAGGGUUCUCUAAUAUCCUAAGUGCACUUGCUUCGUUCUGCCAGUCUAGGCCAAAUCCUGCACUUCUCAGUUCAUCCAAAGAACAGGAGCGCGCAAGACGCAGAAUUCAUGCCAUUGAACAAGGGAUUAUGGCAGUCUCGAAUGAAAAGGGGUAUGGGUCUAAUUUUGAGUUAAGCUCAAAAUGUACUGGUCGGAAACUAGUAUUCCAGACGACCAAACUGGAACAUUUGAGAGAGAUGUGCCAAAACUAUCACGAAUGGAUAUCAGACCAAAACAGCGAAGCCGAACCGGUAUCCCUCAACGAUGUGGCGUCUGGUAUUAUUUGGCUGUGCGUGGUGCGAGCGCGCGCGAAAGCAAAUGGUCCGUCGUUCUCAACAACUCAGCCUUCUUUCAUGGCAAUGGCACGAGAUAUCCGGCUCAUGCUCGGCGGUUUGAUCCCUAGGGAUUACCUGGGAAAUGCACUGGUAUUUCCUUCUACGUCAUACCCAGUCUCGGCAAUGCUGGAGAAAGCGUCAAGCAUAUUUGGCCCAGUCAUCGAUUUAGCCUUUCGUGCUCAAAAGACACGCAAGAGUGUCGAUGAUGACCACGUCAGAUCUAUUAUCGGCCAUGUCCAAGCCAGUCAUGAUUGGGGAUCUUUCGGAUUAAAAUUACCGGAGGUGGGCUUUAGCAACCUCCGGCAUACCAACUUCUACGGAAUGAAUUUUGGACCGAAUCUGGGAUAUAUGGACCGCUUUGAGGUGUCUGCUCCUCAAGCUGCUGGACUAUGCUGGUUUUUGCCAGCACGUACUGCUAAGGAAGGACCGUCGUCUCCAUGGGAGCUAUGCCUCGUGCUUGAAGAAGAUGCUUGGGCGUAUCUUGAAGCGGACCCAUUGAUUCAGUGGGUGUCAGGAGAAGCAUCCCAAUAUAUUUGCGAGUUCAUGGCCGUCCACAAAGGAGAGAAGGCAAAACGUGCCAAGUUUUCUCCACCUCCGGACCCUCCAUACGUAGAUUUCCCAUUAUGCGCGGUGUGCCAAUGCGACUUCGUCGCAAACACUCCCUACGGCUACAGGCUAUACGACUGUAAACCUAGCCAAGACGCUCCCUACGGAUACUGGCUAUACGACUAUAAUCCUAGCCCAGGUCUAUAUCCAGCGACUGAUGUUGAGAACAUGAUAUUCUGGGACGUCUCCGAACGCUGGACUCUCUACCGAAUGAGUACUGUGACAUACCUUGAUCCAAGCCACAUUUGAGAGACACGAUGCUAACACCCAUGCCUCCGUAGUCGUCUUCAAUACCCAAACUCGCCAGUACCACCUCACAGGAAUUGCCCAAUGGAACAAAAAAGAAUAUGACCGGUUUACAGUCCCC